ACUGUAUCUACCAAUGGCUAAGUGGCUGACUGACCCCACUCGCAAGUGGACAGCUGGCAUUGAGCGACCUCUUCGAACUUGAAAAGUCCAAAUACCCCGCUCUGCCUCGGGCCCUCGAUGCACAAAACUAACCGUCGCAACGAACACCUGCGCUCCCCGGUCCUCCGCAGUUCGCACCAUCUCUCGAACUCCCAUCCCCGUCGCCGUCGUCGGCCUCCGCCACCGCAGGAUAAGCACCACCACCGCGGGCGAUGGAGUGCUUCCCCGACCAGGCGCUCGUGCGGCUGCGGAGCCUCGUGCACGACACGUACCUCCACGCCGAGAACGACGGCGUGGGCGUCUCCAUGAAUCCGCACCGCGCCUACCUGCACACGGCGUGGUGGGUGCACCGGGUCCGGCGAGACGACCGCGACUACAUCCUCCUCCACAGCGCCGCCUACGGCCGGUACCUCGCUCUCUCACGCGAGACCGAGACGUCGCGGAUCUACACCGGUCACCAUGCAAACCUCACGGUCCAGAGCGACUACGAGGCCACGGAGCAGGACGACGUCCUCUGGGAGGCUGAUACGGUGACCAACGUCAUUGUCGUCAUGCUCCACGCCUCUCACCGUGACCGUCUCCUCAGCGUCAGCCCCUCGAACACCUCCGCCUUCAGAUACGCCUUAGUCGUCGACAGCGCUUACCGCGUCAGUUGCGGCAGCGCGGCAUUUUGGGAGGUCGAGACCAUUCCCGAGACCAGAACCGCCCGUCAUUCACCGCCUAACUGACGUGAGCUCACCGUCAUUCGCGUUGAUUUGAGUAGAGUUCUUGGAAUCUGUCGAUUCCGCAAACCUUUUACACCGUUGCUACUGAAACUUGAUGAUUAUA